UCCGCUGGUUAAGCCUGAGAAGCGAGAACGAGAAGCGGGAUUGUUAUUAUCGUGAGCGCUCCUCUACGGUAUGUUGGCUCAUGUUUUGACAUUUGGCAGUCUUUUAUAUUAAUGUUUUGUCGUUUUUCUAAGAAGCAACAAACUACAAAUGUGUGACAAUAUAAAAUGAAGCGUUUCUUUUUGAGCUAACGUAAGAGCUAGAGCUAUAUCAUUAACGUUAUCCAUCGACCCUGUCCACACCGAUAAUUCUCCUCAGAGUAACGUUAUGCAACAAAGAAAAUCUGCUAAAAACUUAGCAGCUUUUCAUCGAGCAGCACAACUUCCGCCUGCAUCAUGACCGAGAGAGCCAACAGAGACAAACUCAAGCGAAGUUUGUCAUUGUCCAAGAGUAAGAAGAAAGGAAAUGUCAAAAGUGGGAUUUCUGCCAGUGCUGCCACCACAACUCCUAUCACCUCAUUCUUCAGCAGCCAGCCUCCACCUAAACUGUCCUGCCCUCUGUGUGCCCAGUUGGUACCAAGAUUCAAGAUCAAUGAGCACAUUGAUUUGCAAUGUCAGAACUUUGAGAGAGGAGACAGCAUUGUCGCCUCAGCAAGUGAUAGUGUUUUGCCAAGCAUCCAGCUGUCACCCAGAAGGAAUCCCCCAAAGUCUCCAGAGCUGGAUCCAAAGAAGGAAGAAGAGAUCAAAGAGACAAGCCCCUAUUUCAAAAGGAAUAAUUCUCAGCAGGCACCACGGGAGAUAAAAGGAAAAAGUGUGGUCAGGACCAUUGACCUGGGAAGUCUCUCCUCCAAGUUAUCAAUGAAAUCUCAUAAGGUAUCUGAGAGGACACAGAAGGAGGAUAAACAUGCCAAGAUGUGUCCUGAAAACAAGAUAUAUUCUUCUGAGGCACUUAGCAGCUCACAGAAGGAAAAUCAGAGUUUAGAAGACAAAAAAGACUACGUGGCAGUCAUUGACCUUACACAAACUAGUGCAGACACUCCAUUGGAAGAUCUCACAUGUUCAGACAAAGGAUGUCAUCUUGAAUACAAACCAUUUAAAUCAGAGACUUUUGAAAAACGAGUUGCUCCAAAGCUGCGCUCUUCUUCCUCCAAACUAUCAAAGAGAAAGAUGGGAACAACUUCCACUGGCAGGUCUGAUUCCAGAAAGAAAGCAAAAUAUGAGGGGAGCAGCAGGGAGCCAGAGGAGGUGUUGUCUAGUUGUCUAGUUGUGGCAGAGAUGACUGAUACGGACCAGCUUAAAACUGAGGUACCUUCUACCACCCUUUGUGACCACCAUCUGAGUUCAGAGGAAACAUAUGAGAAAGGUGCGGCAGCGAUCAAUAGUAAUUCACUGGCAAAGUUGGGUGCUGAGAACAUCAGCAGUGACCAGGUUGUCGAGAGCUCGCAUCCCCAAUGGCUUCCCUACUACCUCCGUAACUUCCGGACUGUACUACAGGCUGUCCUGGAGAAUGAGGACGACAGGUCAUUGUUUAACCAGGAUGACAUGUCACUCGUACAUGCAUUUGAGAAACUCUCAGUCAUGGGGCAGAAGCUGUAUGUCAGACUCUUUCAGAGGAAACUGAAGUGGCUCCAAGUAAAUAAACUGGAUUAUGAAGAGAUAUGCAGUGAUCUGGGACCUGUUGCUCAGGAGCUGGUUCAAGGUGGUUUUCUACAAACAGAGAGCGACCUUCAGGACUUGGGGGAGGCUCUGGAACUCCUGCCUGCUCCUGAACUCAAAGCUCUGGCUAAGACUUUCCAUCUGGGUAAUUCUGGGACUCAGAAACAGCAGCUAGUGGACGGACUUCUCCGUCUUAGCAGGCAAAAGUCCUUCUUCUCUCUGACCCCUGCUCAGAACAACAUUGGGGCUGUUAUUCUCAAAAGGGCAAAGCAGCUGGCAAGUUCCUGUGUGCGCCUGUGUCGUGGUCCUCGGGCUGUCUUUUCUCGUAUUCUUCUCCUCUUCUCUCUGACGGACACCAUGGAUGAGGAGGAGGUGGCAGGUGGUGGGCAGAGCCAGCUCUUCACCAUUCUGCUGGUUAACUCAGGACGUCUGGCCUUUCCAGACUACACAGUGCAGCGCACAGCCAAGGUGUUCCAGGACAGAGAGGAUCUUAUCAGAUAUGAAGCAUCCAUGCGAGCCCUGCAAGAGGUAGUCUCAGCUAUGCAGGGAGGUCAGUGGGAAGAGGCCAUGGAGCUUUACACUGCUGCCAAAAGUGUCUGGCAGGAGCUGAGGAAAAACCAUGACCUCAGUCACCAGGAGGAGCUGCCUGUGUUUCUGCGCAGCUUCACUACAGGAUGGGCUUAUACUCGGAUCUUAUCCAGAGGGGUAGAGAUCUUGCAGAGGCUACGUCGCUAUGAGGAGGCAGUAGAGGAGCUGCAGUCCUUACUGUUGCAGUCCAUUUGCUGUCCUGACAGCCGAGGACGAUGGUGGGACAGACUGGCGCUAAACCUUCACCAGCACCUAAAACAACCUGAGCAAGCUAUUUGUGCUAUCAGAGAUGGGCUGUCAGACCCUUUGGUGCGAACUGGACAUAAACUUUCUCUUCAUCAGAGAGCUGUGAGGAUGAAAGAGUCUGCCAGCUUGAAGAAGUAUCACCUGCACCUAAAAGACCUGCCCACUAUUCAAGUCCAAGAUGUCACACAUGUGACCAUCCGGGGACAGUUGUUCCCUCAUGAGGGGGGCAUGGGGAAAUCGAAGUUCCUUUUACAAGCAAAUGGAGAGGGGGAAGAGGGUGCUAAUGCCACUGUUAUAUGCUCUGUGGAAGAGCUGUCUUUAGCACAUUACCGUCAAGAAGGCUUUGACCAAGGGAUCCAUGGAGAGGGCUCAACAUUCUCAACCUUGUUUGCUCUUCUGCUAUGGGACAUCAUUUUUAUGGAGGGUAUUCCAGACGUUUUCAGAAAUCCAUACCAGACAUGUCCACUGGAUCUGUACACUGACUGUUUCUAUGAGAACAGAAAAGAGGCGAUCGAUGCUCGUGUGCAGUUACUAAGGGAGUCAUCUGUGGAAACUCUGCAUGACAUGUUAGAAGAUGUCUGGACCUCCCAGGAGGGUAAAGUGUGUUCACUGGUCAACUGGGAGCUUUUCUCAUCCCUUCACCAGGCGCAGUCUCUCGUGUCAUGCCUGGGUGGAGCCUUCUUAGGAGGGGUAAUAAGACGAAUGUCGAAAGACUACAGACACUGCCGUGGAGGUUUGCCUGAUCUAGUGGUGUGGAACACCUCAAACAACAGUUACAAGCUGGUGGAGGUGAAGGGGCCCACUGAUCGGCUGUCCCAGAAGCAACAGAUAUGGCUGGAUGAGCUGCAGAAGCUGGGGGCUGAUGUGGAGGUGUGUCACGUGACAGCUACUGGAGCCAGAGGAGCUCGUCUGGAAUAAAUAGACACAGGAAAACUGACUGAUAAGACUUUGUUGCUAAUUAUUCAGAGUGUGUGUAAAAUGGAAACCUCAGCACACAGAAACUCUGAAUAAAAUCUGGGAGCUUUU